CGCCAGUUGACCAAUCCUGCGCAGCGGGGCGUGACGUCAGCCCUGCCAGCGUGGAAUGGACGUCGUUCGGCAGGUCCAGGAAGUAAACUGUCCGGUUCGGCCAGUGGUUAACAGAAAUCUCCUACGGAGACAGGAUAUUUAAUUCGCAAUAAAUUCAAAACUGGCGACUUAAUUUUUUUUUCCUACGGGCUUUCCUGGAGACUUCUGCAGGGGCUCCCUCGCGUUACCUAGCAGCGAAUUCUCUGCGUCCCUUUUCACGGAGCGCAGGUGUCAAGCUGUCAGCUGUGGACUGCUAAAGGAAGCGAAGCCUCUUCCUUGAUCAUGGUGGAUGCUGCUCUGGCUCAGGUGGGAAAGAACCUGAGUGAAGCCAUGAGGAUCCUUGGAGAUGGACAGAUGGAGCCAGACGCAGGAACGGAAAGCCGACGUUUCAGUAGAACCAGUAUCCCCGGACCUCUACAGGGAGAUGGCCAGGAUGUAACCACAAUACUGCACCUUGUUCACCACCUCAUCCAUGACGAGGAAGAUGAAGAGGAUGGGAGGGACAAGGCCAGCCAGCCGAUCCAGAAUGUGGCGGAACAGGGUCACAUGGCCUUGCUGGGCCACAGUCUGGCAGCAUACAUCUCCGUGCUGGACAGAGAGCGGCUCCGGAAGCUAACCACUCGGAUUCUGUCUGACACCACGCUGUGGCUCUGCAGGAUCUUCAGGUAUGACAACGGCUCCGCCUAUUUCCAUGAAGAUGACAGGGAUGGCCUUGUAAAGGUCUGUCGGCUUGCCAUCAACGCCCGUUACGAGGAAUAUACAACUGAAGGCUAUGCUGUCUUAAGCUCCAGACAGCCAGUUAUCUACCAAAGCGCCUCCUGCAGGCCUGGCCUGGGACAACACCUAUGCAACCAGCUUGGCUUGCCUCUGUCCAGCCUGUGCACAGUGCCAUGUAACACCAUCUUUGGAUCCCAGCACCAAAUGGAUGUUGCCCUGUUGGACAAGUUGAUCAAAGAGGACACGGACGCUGGGAAGCUUCCUUUGCUGCUGAUCGCCAACGCAGGUACCCCUGAAGCAGGUCACACAGACAAACUGAGUCGCCUUAAGGAGCUGUGUGACCAGCAUGGUAUAUGGCUUCAUGUGGAGGGGGUCAACCUUGCCACCCUUGCUCUGGCCCAGGUCACCUCUGCUGUCAUGGGAGCCACCAGAAGCGACAGCAUGACGCUGACACCUGGUCGCUGGCUCGGGCUGCCUGCAGUCACUGCUGUCACCCUCUACAGACACGAAGACCCGGCUCUGUCCCUGGCAGCUGGUCUGACCUCCAGCCAGCCUGUGGAGAAGCUGCGGGCGCUGCCUCUGUGGCUCUCUCUCCAGUACCUGGGCCACAACGGGAUUGUUCAGAAGAUCAGACACGCCGCAGCUUUGAGCCAACACCUCCUGCUGAAGCUGAAAUCUGUGACCUGCAUCAGAACUUCAGUGGAAGACGAACAAAACUCUCCUGUCGUGCUGUUUAAGUUUUCCCAGGAAUCAAAUGAUGGAGGCAGUGGGGGGUCUGUGGAUGGUUUGUGUGCUGGAGAGAAGGAGGUGCUGGAUACCUUCAACAGAUGGAUGGGUGAGCAGCUUGCUCAGCUGGUUCCCUCUAGUGGAGUGGAUGUGGUGGAGCUGGAAGAUGAAGGGACCUGCGUGCGUUUCAGCCCCCUCCUCACAGCUGCAGUGCUGGGAACCCAGCAGGAGGAUGUUGAUGAAGUGGUGCAGAAACUCCUGGAGCUGGUACCAAUGAUGUCAGCCACAAUGAACUUAAGACAGGACUUCAGGGAGGAGACCCACCGCCACGCACCGUCACUCACAUACAUAGAGGAGCUGAGCUGGCCUGGUCUGGGAGCAGUCCGGUAUGAAUCCCAGGCUGAAGGAGCAGAUGAGAGCAGGAGGAAACAAGAGCAGAAGAAAAUCAACGAUGCACUGCUGACGAAACUACAAGAGCUUGACACAGACAUCGUUUUCUCCACUGGCCCCGAGUUUGCGACCGAAGAGAACUGCAUCUUUGUGGGCAUGGUGACAGAUGAUGUUGAUGUGUCAGAGCUGGUGCACACAAUAUCUACACUGGGAAGAGACAUAGAGGAGAGCGGAAGGAUACUGGAGAACAUGACAGAGCGUGUGAGGAAGGGCAUCCUGGAGGCAGAGCUGCAGCUGCAGAAGGCCAACGAGGAGAAACUCCUGGAGGAAGGGAUGUUGAGACAGCUUCCUGUGGUCGGCUCUGUGCUGAAUUGGUUCUCUCCGGUUGAAAGCUCCAUAAAGGGAAGGACUUUUAACCUGGCAGCAGGUUCUCUGGAUUCCACAGAUGUGACUUAUUCUACCAAAGUUCAGGCAGGCAGGACGUCCCUCCAAGACAUCCCCACCCUUUCAGCUAAGAGACUGUCAGGUCAGAGGUUAUUUCGGCGCCCAGGUGCAGGUUCUGACUCGAUGAGUGAGACCAGCUCCAUCGGACCAGCUGACGAGUCUUCCAGAGUAGAGAGCUUCACCGGGAGCCCCAACAUCCACCCUUUCAUGUCCAUGUCUCCACCUGAGACAGCGGAGCAUGCCGAGGCCUGCAUCAUACCACCAGGUCUCCAUGGGAACCCAGAGCAGGUAGAGGCUGAGGAGGAGAGGCAGCCUGAAGGCCAAGAGGUGGAUCUGAUUGGGAGAUAGGUCCACUGCAUGUCCAGGUGCCCUCCAUCCGUCCUGCACAAGCAGCCAGUCUAACAUGUGCUAAACUAAGACACUUGGAGUCCAACCUCUGCAGAAGGCCACCUGGGCAGUUUGUAUCUCUCAUUUCAAUGUUUCAGGAUGCCAAAACAACCCAACCAGUCCCUCUGUGUGACUCACUGUCAACUCAGAUCAGUGCAUUUCUACCAGUCUUCCUCUCUUCUGCCUUCACUUCUCUGUUGGUAUAAAAUCACUUGGCUUUUGGGUUGGAGAUGAAGGUUCAUCCCACAUGGAACUGUUUUGAAGACUUUUCAAUAAACACCCCAGUUGACAUGUUUA